AUGGGAUGCUGUCAGACAUUAAAGAUUGUGGGAAUUACAAACAAAGACCCUUUGGCUUCCUCUUUAAGACAUAAAAUUUCUAUCCAUGAUAAAAGCAGAGAAUCUCUUGACUCGCUAGGGGGUCCUGAAGAAGUAUACACAACUUAUGAUAAAAGGCCUACAUCACUGAGUUUCAGGGUAAGAAAAGCUUCUUUUAUCAAAAAAAGAGCUGCUGCACUAAUAGACGAGUUUGAGAUUAUCGAACGUAUAGGCUCAGGCGGCUAUGGAACUGUAUAUAAAGUGCAAGAUAAAGCGACAGGCCUUUUAAGGGCUGUUAAAUCUAUUGAUAGAUCUAAGAUGAUCACAGAGCAUAUAUUGACAGAAAUAGAAAAUGGCUGCAUUUUUUCUGAAAAAAAAUAAAUUAAUUAUUUUAAACCUUUUUUUAUAUUUUAAUAAAUAAUUAAAGCAGGCCGUAAAAAUGAAAUUUAUUUGCACCAGAAAAUUUGAUCCAUGUUGUAAGAAAUAUAUAGGACCACCCUAAUAUUGUCAGAAUCUUAGAAUUCAUAGAAGAACCACAAACUUAUUACAUUAUUACUGAGCUAUGCACAGGCUCUAACCUAAUUGAGAGAAUUACAAACUCUGAAGACUUUACUGAAAAUCAAGCAGCAAAAUAUAUGCAGCAGAUUUUUUCAGGUCUUUCUCAUUGCCAUAAACUUGGUAUUGUACAUAGAGACAUAAAGCCUGAGAACCUCUUAUUUGAGUACCCUGGAGAAAAUUCUUUAUUAAAGAUCAUAGAUUUCGGCCAUUCCUCCAAAAUGGUUGAAAAUCAAAAGUUUACUGAACUUUUAGGAACUGUAAAAAUAAUAUAGCCUUAUUUUGUAGCACCAGAAGUAUUAGAUAAAAAUUAUGACGAAAAAUGCGAUUUGUGAAGCUGCGGAGUCGUGCUUUUUAUUAUUUUAAUUGGUUAUCCUCCAUUUAAUGCAAGAAAUAUCAAAGAUUUAUUCAGAAGAAUUAGAAGAGGAAAAUUUAAAAUAAACACAGAAGAAUGGAGAAGUAUUUCUACAGAAGCUCAAGACCUUAUAUUAAAUCUGCUAAAGUUAAAUGUAUCGGAGCGUUUUACAGCAGAGCAAGCUAUGAACCAUAAAUGAAUACAGCAAAGAGCUUGUGGAGCUAUUAAAGACAGGCCAUUACACAUUAGCUGCUUAGCAAGGCUAAAGUCAUUCCAUGCCAAUGUUAAGCUUAAACAAGCCACCUUAGCAUUUAUUGCUACACAUUUGUCAGCAUGUGAAGAAACACAACAGCUGGAAGAGGUUUUCAGAAAUAUUGAUAAAGAUGGAGAUGGGAAAAUAAGCAAAGAAGAGCUGGAAGCAGGAAUUGCCAAAGUUAAGCUAGGAAGUAUCCUAGAUGCCAGAGAAGUAAUGGAAAGAUGUGAUAUCGAUCAAAAUGGCUAUAUAGAUUUUUCAGAGUUUAUUACUGCAGCAACCGAUUGAGAAAGGUCUCUUUCAAUAACAAAACUGGAAAGAGCAUUUAAAGCUUACGAUGUUGAUAGCAGCGGAACAAUUUCUGCUAAAGAGCUUCAAAAUUUCUUAUCAGCUGACCCUUCAAUAAAUUUCCAAGAAUGUCAAAACAUUUUGAAAGAAGUUGACACAAAUGGAGAUGGUGUAAUAGAUUUUGCUGAGUUUAUCGCAAUCAUGAGAAACAAAGCAUUUUAA